GGAUUGGACAGCUAGGAUUUAGGCCCGCCUUUAGCGUAAGGCAUGAUGGGAGCCGUAGUUUGUCGUCGAGGGUUCGCGUGAGUGAUGAGUGGAAGGCGCAGCCGAGACCGGUCGGUGGUUGAGGGGGGUUCGCUUUCGUCCCUCGUCGGGGAAGCGGCUAAGAAGCGAGUCAAGCGAGAGGUGCGUGCAGACUUCUCCGCGCCCGUGAGGGAGCAGGCCCUGCGGGAGAAGGUAGCCGCGGCUUGGGCCUGCAAGAAGGCGCUCGACCACGGAAGCUGUUGUCUUGUUUUGUCUUCUCCAGAGGCCAUUGUGUUGGACCCUGUUCCCUUCCACCACUGUAUCAUCCCAAACUUCAUUCAAAAUGAGGGCUUUUUAGAAGGUCUGCAGAAGGAACUUUUGAGCCUGGAUUUCCACAAGAAGUGCAAUGACUUGUACAAAUUCAAGCAGUCUGAUGACCUGAAAAAGAGAAGGGAGCCUCACAUUGCCGCUUUAAGAAAAGUUCUCUUUGAAGAGUUCCGGUCUUGGCUUUCUGAUGUGGUCCAAGUAGAGCUGGAGCCAACCAUUGAUCUGUCCUGUGCUAAAUAUGAAUAUACAGAUACCUUGCUCUGUCAUGACGAUGAAUUAGAGGGGCGGCGAAUUGCUUUCAUCCUUUACCUUGUACCACCAUGGGAUAAAAGGGAUGGCGGCACCCUGGACCUGUUCAGCACAGAUGCAGAUAACUUCCAACCUUUGCAGAUUGUCAAGUCAUUGGUGCCUUCGUGGAACUCGCUCGCUUUCUUUGAAGUAUCACCAGUCUCCUUCCACCAGGUGGCUGAAGUUGUUUCCAAAGGGAAGUGUCGCUUGUCAGUGAGUGGCUGGUUUCAUGGCCCCUCAGUAGCAAGGCCGGCACGCCAUGUUGAGCCACUCCUCCCACGGAGCCCCCACAUCCCUUUUGAUCAUGAGAUUUUGUAUGAGUGGAUCAAUCCAGUAUAUCUGGACAUGGAUUCCCAGGCCCAGAUCCAGGAAGAGUUUGAGGAUCGGUCUGAGAGCUUGCUGAAGGAUUUUCUCAAGAGAGAGAAGUUCCAGCUCAUCUGUGAGGCACUGAAGAAGGAAGGACUCAGAUGGAGCAGCAGGGGCCCCCCUAACAAAAGGCACUAUGAGAGAGCCGAAGAGGAGAGCCUGCCGGCCAUCUUGAAGGAUUGCAUGGAGCUGUUCCGCUCAGAAGCCUUUUUCCUGCUGCUUUCCAACUUCACAGGCUUGAAGCUGCACUUCUUAGCUCCUGGGGAGGAAGAGGAUGAGAAGGAAGGGGAAGGAGGAACAGCUGGAGGAGGAGAUUCUUCCAUAUGUACACAAGGAGAGAGCAGCCGAGAGGAAACUACGCCCUCUCUACUGCCAGAGGAACAUGGGAGAAGCUCUGACAGUGAGGUCAGCCAAGAAAGUGGCUCAAGUAUCCCUCUGUGUUCCGGAGAGCUGAGGCAUUGGAAGAAAGGUUGCUACACUCUAGUGCACGAUGCCCAAACAACAGAGUUUGCCCUAGAUCUGCUCCUCUUCAGUGGGUGUGAAGAUUGGGAUGUGGAGUGUGGUGGCUUUACUUCAUACAUCGCAAAAGGUGAAGAUGAAGAGCUGCUGACAGUCAAUCCAGAGAUGAACUGUUUGGCCUUGGUUUACAGAGACCGAGAGACGCUGAAAUUUGUGAAGUACAUUAACCAUCGUAGCUUGAAGGAAACAGCUGCAGGGCCUGAGGAAACGGGAUUCUGGGACUUCUGCUUUGUGUACUAUGAAUGACUGUUGGUGCACAGGUGUGGUGGAGGAUCAGACCUCCUACUAAAAAGAUCAGCAGGGCCGCUUUUGUUAGAGGGCAAGAUCCUGUUACGCAGGCUUGUCGACCUCCUCCCAGCAGUCUUAUUCUGUGCCUUUAUCAAAUGUCCCACUGUGCCUUUUUAUGAAACUUGAAUGUGUUGUAGACCAUUUGUGGUCUCUUGACUCUGAACUGCUCUGGGCCACAGAGGUCAAGAGUGAGACCUUCAGAGUAGUGUUUGGGCUGAGGCAGGAUUUCAGCUCCGGCUUAUAGCGGAUUUUAUUGUAAGCUGCCCAGAGAUCCUUAUUAUUGGGCGGGAGGGGGUGUCUUAAAGUAAUUAUACCUAAGUAGCCUCAAAAAGGUGGCGUGGCAGGAUCAUCCCUAAGUUAUCUUAGUUCCCAUUUUUUCAACCCCAAAAUAGACCCUCUUCCUAAAAACAUUCCAAGAAUAGCCUGUCUUUGAGUAUCGUGUCAAAAUAGGUGUUCAGCAGAAGGAACAUCGUGAAGGAAGUGGAGGUGAGGAAGACAAUGGUAGGGGAAGACAAACUAAGAGUACCUGCUGUCUCCCAGCAUACCUUACCUGCCUGAUUACUGCUGACUGGAGACCAUGUUGGAUUGAAUAUUCUAGUGUUCCAUGGGAGAUGUGGAGCGAGCAGGUAUGUUGGUGCUUUCAUCACCCUGUAGGGUGAGUACCUGAUUUAAGCUAGGGAAAAACAUCCCUGGGAUUCAGUGUAUAAGGAUAGUGUUUUAUUUAUGACAGAAGCCCAAAAGACUCUCUGUUGCCCCAUGUGCAAGAUGGGAUGAGUUACACAUGGUUUUUGAUUGCAUCGUGUCAGCCUGUUUUUUGGGAGAGAAACUGAAGUCCUUUUAUGAUUAGUGGGCAGCUACAAGUAUGAGUGGGGUGUAGAUUGCUUCCAAAUGGGCCUGAGUCAGUUGGCUGUUGUGGAAGGCACUGUGGGGGGGGGCACAAGUUGCAGUUUUUUGUGUCCAGGGGCUGGUGGGGCAGUACGUUGCUGCUGCAGAAGGAGAAACAGGUGUGUACACAGUGUGCCCAUUCUAGGCCCUUCUAACAGUUGUGAUAUCCGAUUGCUCUACCCCUGAGCCCUCCACUCUGGCGGUGCUGUUGUGUAAUGGGUCAAUUCACAGGAAGUCUUUACUCAUUCAUUAGCUGAUAGAUGAGGGAGCUGACCUGGCAUGCAUUAUGGAGACCUGGCUGUGAAAGCAAUGCGUGUAUUGAUCUUACGCAGCUGGAUUCUCCUUGUAACAUUAACACAGGCUUGGGAGGGUGUCUUGCUGUCUGUUAGAGGGAUUCAGACCUCUCUCCCUUGGAGCAAGCUUGGAGGGUCUGCAGGUGGAGCACCGUCCACCCUGCUGCCCAGCAACCUCCCUGACCAAGGUAAGCUUGGAUGUGGUGCUGGAGGAGCCUAGAACAGUAGUCCUGAGCAACUUCAGUAAUCACGCUGAGGCCUCCUUGUGGGGCUUCCUCAAGUUGCCAUCAGCCCAGCACACGAGGAGGGAUAAACCCAGGGUCUGGUCUUUGUUCUAUGGUGGGUGGUCUGAAUGGGUUGAAUGAUCCUAUUGUCAUAAAUAAAUCUGCAAGCAGAAACCAUAAGGGAAACGCAGGGUUAAUAAAGGAGGAUCUCAAUUUCAUCUAAUUACUUGGUGUUUUAGAAUAUGCAUUUCAUUCCCUGUACCAUUACCUCAUCCUAAGAAACAGGAGCAGAGGCAAAGUUCUUAGCCAUUCUCUUAAUUGGUGGGAGGGAGGGAGACAUACUUUUACUCCUCCUGUAUCUGUUUACAGCUACAAGAACCUGUUGGCAAGUUUCGGUUCCUUCCAGAGGGCAGUAGCAAUGCAGCCAAACACUUUUUUUCCUAGACAAAGGGAGGAGGCUUGGCCAGUUGCUGCUGCUGUUGUAGAGUGUAGCCAUCAGAGGGAGUUGUUGCAUGUCAGGGCAGUGCACCUUGAAGGUACAUUUCAACAGAGCAAGGACUUGUCCUAGCACUGGGGCUGGUUAAAAAAGGGGGUGUCACAAUCAUGAAGUUGCAGUUUUAAAACAGAAUUUCAAACAGGCUGAAGUGUCAGGAUUUUGAUAAACAUGGGCCUUAGCAAAUGUAACAGUGGGCUCAUCCAUACAGCAGCUUAGUGUGCAUCUGGUGCUACUCGCAUCCCUUUCUGCAGCAAGUGGAAGCUGUACCACAGAUGUCCCCUUUAAAUCUGUAUCACCCCAAUCCAAUUAUAAUGUGGAAAGGAAAAACUGUCUCAGCAUUGCUGUGCUUCUCUGUGUAGGCAUUUUACUUUGAUGCUUUUUUAGUGGAUGGGCUCUUAUACCCUAUCACCUGCUCCCCCCCUCUCUGCCACCUGCAAAAGCUGCCUACUUUGCCUUUCACUCACUCCCCCUCUGAGUUUCAUAUAGUGUCAAUUGCACCCCAACUCUCCCUCACCAGAGGUGUGCAAUUGACAAGAAACAAUGAAACUUGACAAAAACUCUUCUCCAUUCACAAUACUGUAUAGAUAUCCUGAGGGAGGAAACAUGUAAAAUUGAGGACGCGGCCACAAGGAACACAGUGAUACUAAACAUUUCCAGAGGAGCACCUACUUGUGUGAAAGGAAAAUAGCAGAUAGGAAGUAGCAUUGAGCAGGAAGUGUGGACUUUGAAAAGCUAUUGCAGUGGUAAAAGCAGCUUCUUACGUACAAAGCUAGACUCCUGUGUGGAUAAGCCCUGGGUUUCAUUUAUAGAGGUGUCAAGAUAUACUUCAUUGUUUUCUUGCUGUAUACAAGGGUGGAUUGCGGAUCCUGAACAUGUAGAUUAACUACCAUUAUUUAAUCAUCGCGAAUAUCAUCUAAAAAAGACAGAUAAGAGGAAAGUGUUUAUUAAAGAUUACAGCCUCAAGUGCUGCACAACACUACUUGCUUUCAUCAAUAAAAAGUCAGUGUGGCUAUAUAAGCUUUGUGAAGUGAUAAUCUUCAUCCCUGUUCUAGGCUUUGGUCCUCUCUGGUAGAAUGUUUAUAAGAGAAUGAGCUGACUUGUUUCACUUCUCUCUCCUACUGCUGCCAUAGACUUCAGGUCCUGCUAACAGUUUGUCACAGUAAUUUUUCUAUACAGAAGCAUCACAGGCGCAUCCUAGUCUGCUGGGCUUCCUUUACCCAAGCAGGCAGUGGGGGCUGGUCUGUCAGCUGCUCCACCCCUUUGCCCAUCUGGCUGAGCUGCUGGCUUCUGACAAGGAUCAUCCCACUGCAGUCUCCAUCAAUCUUUUCUUUAAUAAAGAGGAAGUGACUCCUGCGCGCAUUAUUUUGAUAAGCACAUUGACAUCGUUGUUCUUAAUAGCAUCACGGCAAGCAGCAAUCACCUGUGUCUUGGGCCUACCAACUGGGGGUGAAAGAAAAAACAGUUGAAGACUGUUCUAUUGUAAGCAUUCAGCAGUACAUAAUGAGCUUUUUAACCUUAAACAAGAACAAAGUUUUUAGAAGGUUGGAUGGGCCUAAUAAUUUCCAAUGCAAAGGUCACAAUUCCCCGAAAGGUCUAUUCUCCAGUAGUGUGUCACAGUACAAGGCAUGGCCUUUGAGCUUGUUUCAAAAAGGGAGCUGCUACAAACGUGUGAUCGUGAGAGCACAAUGGGAAAUUUAUCACUAUAGAGCCAUUUUUCUCCUGUCAAAAACUGGGAAUCAGAAAUUGUUCCCCAUGCCACUUGAAAAAUCCACUUCUCAAAUUACAAAGGUACUGCAACAAGACGAAUCUCUUUUCAACCCAGCUUCUGCAGCACCGGUUGAUAUAAGGGAUGUGUUCAAGGACACAGUUAAUCCACUGUGGUUUUCUCAUACACAGCAGUGACAGCUUGUGCAGAAAGUUACCCACUGUUCCCCAUCUUGCUACUUCAUGGUUUUUCUAUAAAGUCUA